CAACUCGUCAAGAGAUCUGUGCGCAUUAAUAAGCAGUACAAGUAUUCUAUCAUGUUUGCGUCUUAUUAUGUUGAUAUUUUUCAAUACUCAGACGCCGCCUCGUAGAGAACCAGGUCAACAGGAGCUCCCUCAGGCCACAGUAGUCGCACACUUCCGCGACUACCAUCCAGAAAAGUUUUCCGGCCAAGAAGAUCCUCGUAUAGUCGAUGAAUGGGUUCAGGGCCUUGAAAUGAUUUUCGAG